UCGCCCACUUGCUUUUGGCCCUGCCCUCGGAGGAGCGUGUUCCCUCGAAAGUUGGGAUUCCGGUUUUCAAAGUUUGUCUCGAAUUUCAGCAUCCGGGGCCAUGUUAAGUGAGCGCGAGACCUGACGGAAUCGUGUUAAAACGUUACCUAACGUCUCGCAACAAACAGAACAUGAUUGACUGGUCCUCCGAUCUCACCGCGUCGCGCCAAGUCCGCACUCUCGCAGAGUCGUCUACUGCGAGGACUCCAGAGAUCAGAUCGCCAGGGAAGGCACGCGCGAGAAUGGGGGGGCGAACUCCUUUACCUCGUCCCUCAAGUUCUGUGAUUAAUGAUCCCCCUCCUUUUGUGGAAGAUGCCGGACAUGGGACAGUCCUUUUCGGACACGAUGUCAAUUUGUUGCCGUGGACAGUUGUGGCAACCUGUUGGUGGUGUUACGCGCUCGAAAAAAAACCUCUGGGGCGGCCACGAAGCACAGAGACACACGCGAGGUCCAGGACGAUCGUUCGGAAGCUCUGGAGAAGAUGCAAGAACUUUUCUUUUGCGCUGCCCUGUGCUCCGACGGUUUGCCUCGGCCUUCUCCGAUUAUGCUUUGACGUGCGCCUCAGGUCUGGAGUCAAUGGAUUUAGGAACCAUCCAAUCGCUGCGCACCAGCCAAUCGCUGCUCCCCGGACGAGACCCCGACGCGUGCGGUCGAUCAUCACCUCGCGAACAAACCCCAUCGAGAUGUGCCUCGGACUGCAACUCCCAUUCGUCGGUGACCUGUCAAUCCGAAUCGGCCGGAAAGCUUAGUUUUUAUUUCCCUGGUAAAAAAUCUAUAUUCGCUAUAUUUUAAUGACAACGACCAGAAACACAGCAGAGAUUAUGCGAGCGAGAGGAUGAGAAAAAAACAGGGGCUAAAAUACAGUGAGAGAGCAUCCGGCAAUUUCCAAGAAGACGAGCGAUCCAGUGUCUGCAAUUCUACGACUCUCCGUAAUCAUCGGUAUUUGAAUAGUCCUCGGGGCUGCCAGAGCUGGAGGUGUACGCGGAACCAAAUGAGCCGAGACUCGACGGAGACGAGAAUGUCGCCUGCGGCGACGUCGAGAUCGAGAGCGAACUUGAACUUGCGGUGGACCAACUUGAGCCGUAGCCGUGAGACGACAUCGGUCGGACAUAUGUCGCAGGCGAG